CAAUCAGCCAGCACAAAAUUUUAUUCCGAAAGUUGUCUCGGUCGCCGUCGGUCGUUCGUAGAUAAAGAAAAUUUAUUUUCUAUCCUUGCGCAAAAAGCAGGUUUUAUCGGUAGUUUUUUCGCUUUUCCACGGCUCAAUUAGUGUUUGGGUGCUUUCGUUAAAUUCAUUCAUCGUCCCUCGACAAGAACCAGACAGAAAAUGUCCCAUCAAACCGGAAUCAAGGCCAACGCGGAGCUGCUCAAGUUUUUCGGAAAGUGCAAGGACGGGAAAACUCGCGUGCUCAAAGUUUCCAUCGAGAAUGAGGAACUCACCCUGGUUGACCACAAGGCGGUUAAAAAAGAUUGGGAAAAAGACUAUGAUGCACUCAUAAAACCACUUGUUGAAGACGAUGUUCCCUGUUACAUUCUCUAUCGGCUCGAUUACAAAAUUCCCACCGGAUACGCGUGGCUCCUGUUGAGCUGGGUACCAGAGGCAGCCACCGUUCGACAAAAGAUGCUUUACGCCUCAACCAAGGCAACGCUUAAGCUAGAAUUCGGCUCGAGUAACAUAAAGGAAGAAAUUAACGCCACCACCAAGGAGGAAACAACUUUGAAGGGCUACCAAAAGCACAAAAUCGACUUCAGUGCACCGGCCCCGUUGACCAGCCGGGAAGAGGAACUGGCCGAGAUUAGGAAAAGCGAGGUAAAGACGGAUUUCGGCAUCGACACCAAACAGCAGACUCUCGGCGGCAUCAACUGUCCGAUUAGCGAUCCCACCAGUCAGGCGCUGAUUGACAUGCGACGUGGUGCCUACAACUAUCUGCAGUUCCGGAUCGAUUUGGAGGAGGAGAAAAUCCACGUGGUCAACGCUGCCAACAUUGACAUCCUGAAACUGCCAUCGCAGAUCCCGAAAGACCACGCGCGGUACCAUCUCUACUUGUUCAAACACCAGCACGAGGGAAACCACUUGGACAGUGUGGUGUUCGUGUACUCCAUGCCCGGCUACACCUGCUCGAUCCGGGAACGGAUGAUGUACUCCAGCUGCAAGGGACCAUUUUCGGCUACGAUCGAAAAGCACGGCAUCGAGAUAACGAAGAAGAUCGAAAUCGACAAUGGCGAGGAACUGACGGAGGAGUUCAUCUACGAAGAGCUGCACCCCAGGAAGCUGAACCUGCGGCCGCAAUUCUCCAAGCCCAAGGGACCACCGAGCCGGGGCGCCAAAAGACUGACCAAACCACAAGCCGUGGAAUAAAGUUCCGGACAUAGGUUUCGCAUCACAGCAUCCACAGUAAUUGUUUCUUAUGCAUGCAAUUCGUGAAUUUUAGGCAUUUCUUUUUUUUAUUUCACUGCUUCCUCGGGUUCCCACUUUUUGGGCCCAUAACCGAGUGUUUUUAGCGUUCGCGCCUAUAGAGCACUAACACCAUCCGCCACGGAGGAACAGACGUAACACUCGAAUGGACAUCGAAUAGCGCAGGGCUGGUAACAGAUCUUAUUUGGAGACAUAGUGUAUAUUUUAAAGCAAGUCUCUAUUUUUAAUAGAAGGUCUCAAAUGUCACUAUUUCCCUCUUUCUUCAAGUAUUGAAUCCUAAUGCAUGAGAUUGCAGAGGUACUUUCAGAUACUCUUACGCAAUUAUUUUCCAGGAAUUUCGUUUCAGAUUAGAGGGAAAAAAGGGAAAGGAGGAAACGUUUCAAGAAUAAUUCUUCUAGUGAUUUCUCCAGAGAUUUCUGUUGAGUGAUUCGUUCAGAAAUUCCUCCAGAUUUAAUAAAAAAAUAAAGAAAUAUAAUAAUUUUUCAGAAUUUUCUCCAGGAAAUCCAACGCAACUAUCUCCAUAAUUGAAUAACGCUGAAAAAUUUCCCAGAUUGCAAAUGAUUCUACAAAAUUCUAGCAGCGAACUGGAUCAUCGAAAUUCAUACAUUUUGCCUUAUGAAAGAUGGGACGAUUAUUGCAAGGUGAACCCUUCAUGUAUUGUUUUAGCAAUAUUUUUUUCCUGAAUUGAGGCUCUCGGAGCAAUGCUUGGAUGCCGCUAUAAUAUUUUUGUUUUCAAAUUUUGGUUUCCUUAAGCGCUUUUUAUCGAAUUUGAUAUUUGCUCACUACCGUCACCUAGCUCUCGGUUGGCCAUACAGGUUAUUUUGGGUAUUUUGCGUUAUUAUUCACGUGACUGUGUUUCAAAUCGAUAAGUGUUCUAGCUCUGUUACGUCUGUUUGUCUGUGCCAUCCGCAUUGUAGCUUGUGUCCUUCAUGUAAGGAAGAGCAUCUCUUGCCCCAUUAUUAUUGUAAACUUAGACCUCUAUGUUCUGGUGUGUGAUUGUUUUAGAUUUUAACUUUUAUGUCGCAAAAGUAAAAAUGCACGACAAAACGCAUAAGCGUAUGCAGAGAAUACAUAUUAUAUAUUAGGAGCACGAGUGCUGUUCGUUUUUUUGUAUGAUAAGUAGUAUUUUAUAUUCGAUCUCGGAGGUAGCGCCUUCCGUUUUUUAAAAACCUUUCCCAAACGAGUAGGAUUGCAAAAUGAGAUUACGAGGCUGACCUGGUGCGCGUGGUGCUACCGAUUGAAAAGCAAGAUUCGUUGACGAACAAAAUCAAACAAGUCUCCCUCAUCCAACUAAGCAUGGACUAAUACCGAUUAUAGGAAAUCCAAUUCGAAAGGUGAGGUCGUCCGCGCAGCGACGUAAAACAAAACGAUGCAACCAGAAAAAGAGCAUGAAUUGAAAAUCGAAAUAUAUCUAUAUAUACAACAAAUGAUAAUAUUCGAACAUGGUUAAUUAUAUAUUAUAUCCACAAACAGUAAAAGAGAGGGAUGCAAUAAAGCAUAAAAAUACAAAACGAAUUUUAAAUGUGCAACAGCUUAGAUUUGAUAGUUUGAUGUCGACGUAGAAGGCUACUCAAGACAAAAAAAAACACGAAGAAUAAGAAGGUAAACAUAUUUCUUAUAAUAUUUUUAUACAGUAGCGAUCACAUUAACGGUAUGCAUUACUGAAUAAAAGUACUAUUUAUUGAAUGAAACAA